AUGGCUACACCCAGGUUAUCAUUCUCAUUAAGAGGUCAUUCCCUGCAGGUAGUCUGUUCUACAUAUUUAGAAAGCUCUUUCAUAUCCGCGGAUUCCAGUGGACAUGUCUUUUGGUGGGAUUUAAACGUGAAGCGUCCUAAGAGACAUUGGAAGGCUCACGAAUCUCAUAUUUUACUGUUGAUAUACAUUAAAGAAUACGAUAUACUAUUAACACAUUCUAGAGACUCCUCGAUACGCCUUUGGUUCCUAUCAGAACCGGAAGUAAGCGACAGUAUCCCUCCAUUCAAAGAAUUUCCGGUAAACUCAUUAAACUUUUGUAAUGUUUCUCUCAUUUCCUCUCGCUACUUGUUGACUCCAUCUACUGUGGAUUCCGACAAUUUCGACAUUUACGAUUUAAAUUUGGCAGAUUCAUCGAGUUCUCUCAGUUUCACUAGGUUGGUGCAUAAUGCUAACCCCUGGGAACUCUACUUGAAGGCCUUGAAGAGUCUCCCAGUCCCACUUGACGAUGAUAUUUCAAAGCGUGACAAAUUUGGAAUCAUGAUGAGAACUGUUUGGGUUGAUGAGCAUACAUUUUACGUGGCAUACGAGUCUGGACAUGUAAUUGGCUACAAUAUAGAGUAUCUGACUUCAAAAUUGACUAAUCUGGAAAAGGGAUCCUCGAAGUCAACAAGUUUGCUUAACAAGGGCCCGAAGAUCAAUAUAUUUCAUAUUUCAGACAAGUUGAAGCCCAGUCCAAUAAUAUCUUUGAUCUACGAAAAGUCAAAUAAUACAAUAAUUACAGGCUCUGCUUCUAAAUCGAUCCAGAUAUUGGAAAUACCGUCGUCCCAUGGGUCGUUGACUGAGGAUGAAAACAACUUGAUACUGUUGAAGUACUCUGGCUUGAGUCAAAUAUCAAUGCUCGAGCCGGAUAUUAUUGUAGUUGGCUUUUGGAAUGGAAUUGUUAAGGGCUACCAGAGUAACCUAAAAUUUGAAGAAGUGUUCAAGCUUGAAAAAAACCUACCUAUGAUUGACACAAAUGAUGAGAGCCAAUCACAGAGAUUGAAGCUCUCCAGUAUUUCUUGUAAGGGAUCAAUAAAAGAAGAAACUGGUGCUGCUGCUGUUGUUGCACUCUCUCAAAAGGACUUGCUAAGGUCGAAAAGGAACGUUUCUAAUAAAAUCUUAAUGGCGAUUGGGUAUGAAAAUGGACUAAUUAAUAUGUAUGAGUUCUAA